ACUGAACAAGGAGAACAGAGAGAGAACUGAGCGACUAGAGACACAAACUGCUGGAGGACGAAACAACAAGCAAAUCAGAGUAAAACUUCACUCUGAGACAAAAUGGCUUCCAGAUCAGACGAUGAUCUCUGCUGUCCGGUCUGUCUGGAGAUAUUUAAGGAUCCGGUUCUUCUGUCAUGCAGCCACAGCUUCUGUAAGGAAUGUCUGCAGAAAUGUUGGAGAGAGAAACCAGGAAGAGAGUGUCCAGUUUGUAGGAGAUCUUCUAGAGAUGAUCCUCCCUGUAAUCUGGCUCUGAAGAAUCUGUGUGAGUCUUUGUUACAGCAGAGAAACCAAAAAGCUUCAGAGGGUCUCUGCUCUCUGCACUCUGAGAAACUCAAACUCUUCUGUCUGGACCAUCAGCAGCCAGUGUGUAUCGUCUGCAGAGAUUCAGAAAAACACACCGAGCACAGAUUCAGACCCAUCGAUGAAGCUGCUCAGCAACACAGGAAGAAACUUGAGGAAACUCUGGAGCCUUUAGAGGAGAAGCUGGAGCUCAGGAAGAAAGUUCAGGAGGAGUUUGAUCAGACAGCAGAACACCUGGAGGUCCAGGCCCGACACACAGAGAGGCAGAUUGUUGAGCAGUUUAAGAAGCUUCAUCAGUUUCUAGCAGAGGAAGAGGAGGCCAGGCUGGCUGCACUGAGGGAGGAAGCGAAGCAGAAGAGAGGGAUGAUGAAGGAGAAGAUGGAGGCUCUGAGCAGAGAGAUAGCAGCCCUAUCAGACUCAGUCAGAGCCACAGAGGAGGAGCUGAGAGCUGCAGACGUCUCAUUCCUGCACAACUACAAGGCUGCAGUGGAAAGAGUCCAGCGCUGCCCCCUGCUGGAGGAUCCACAGCUGCCCUCAGGAGCUCUGAUAGACCAGGCCAAACAUCUGGGCAACCUGGCCUUCAACAUCUGGAGCAACAUGGAGACCAUGGUGACCUACACUCCUCUGGUUCUGGAUCCAAACACGGCUGGUCCAUGGCUCAAUCUGUCUGAAGAUCUGACUGGUUCGAUUUAUGGAGAGAAACAGCAGCUUCCUGAUAAUCCAGAGAGGUUUGGUUACUAUUCUGUUCUGAGUUCUGAGGGUUUUAACUCAGGGAACCACAGCUGGGAUGUUGAUGUUGGAGACAGUAAAGGCUGGAGACUUGGUGUGUUGGAAGAGUCUGUAGAGAGGAAGGGAGACAUAAAGUCUGGAUUGUUGUAUAUAAGGUUAGAUAUCUUUGGAUACUCAGCAGAUUCUCCAUCAGCUCGUCCCAUUUUUCUCUCAGACCAGAAGAAAGUCCAGAGGAUCAGAGUGAAUCUGGACUGGGACAGAGGAAAGCUGUCCUUCUCUGACCUGGAUACUAACACACACAUACACACCUUCACACACACCUUCACUCAGAAGAUGUUUCCAUACUUCGGCAGUUAUAAUAAAACAGUAAAGAUCCAACCGAUGAAGAUCUCAGUGAUCAAACAGCAGCUCUGAUGAUCUCAGCAUGAAGAACAAAUUAAUCCUUAUUGAUCAGAUGAUUGAUUGGUUUUAUGAUUGAUAGUUUGCUGGUUUGGCGAAUUUGUUAUUUUGAAACUCAGUAUUUUUAUUUAGGAAACUGGAGACGAUCUGAUCGUCUCUGGACUUUUUAUUUCUUUUGUGUUUUUCCAUCAUAAUAUUUUCAAGUGUUUUUAUUAUUUACAACAAAUUGAUGAAAAUAAGUUUCUAGCUACAUGAUUGAAAGUUUGUUCUUUUAAUUUUACUUAUAAAGGAUUUUAUAAUGAAAACUAUCACAACAUUUAUACAAAAGUAACGUCUUUACUUUUGGUUGAAGAGUUUUUAUUUAUAUAAAUGUUGCGUAAAUUAGACAUUUCCAAACAAGAAGAUUGUUUUUAUCAUUUUGGAAGAAUUUCAUGCAAAAAACUGAUCAGCUGCUUCAUGGGAACAAAUGUCUGUUGUUCUUGUCUCCUGUUGAUCUGAAACAGCAAAAUAAAGCCAAUAAAACAGACAGU